GGGAAGCAGAAGGGGUCUGGAGAGUGGGAGGAGGGAGAAAGACCAAAGAAAGGACAGAAUGAGUAUGAAAGGGCUAAAGGGUGGAGGGGCAUCUAAAAAAGAGAGGGACAGAGAGGGGCGAUAGAGGGAGGAACCCCAGCAGACAGGCCGAGGGAGAGAGAAGGAGAGGGGAGGGAGCAGAGAGGGUUACCUCAUCCAGAUCUACUGGUGCACACGGUGCAGGGGAGAAGUUGUGGGAAAGUAAACAGCAGAGGAGGAUCCAGCCUCUCUUCAGCCACCAGCAGCCCUCACUGGACACUGUAAAGAUGAGUGUGGUGGACCCGGCAGUGUGGUAAAGGCUGGGAGUUUAUGGGAGGUUACCAGGAUUAAAGGGUCAACAGGGAGUGCCUGAAGCUUCUUGGAGGAUAUACCACUCAGGACAAGGAGAAAUCAUGUCGACUUUGAUGUCCCAGCAACCCCCAAAAGAGGACGAAGAGGAGGAUGAUGAGGAGCAAGGGGAAGGGUUCCAGUUUGACGACAGCACCGAUGAGGAAACGCCAAAAGAGAAUGGUGACGGGCUCGGUGUGGAUUGUACUGGAAAAACAACUGGAAGUGGAUCACAAACGGACACAAACGGCACGAAACCUUCUGAAACUUCGCCUCCUGCUGGACCGGAGGACAAAAACAAGCCUGCAGCUUCAAGCGCAACCACAGACGUUCCAGUUCCCGAGUCAUCCAGCCGGGCCGUAGCAGCAGCCUCAGCAGCAGCAGCACAGCCCAGUACCUCCGCUCCCCCUGUGGAGACGGCGCUCCAGGGUCUUCCUGUACCGCCGCCAGCUGCGGACACGCCGGCUGAUUCGGGAGACUCCGGGAAAGAAACUAUCAAGAAAGGCUGUGGCUCCGGGGACAUCUCUGAAGGCUCGCUGGUGGCCGACGCCGAGCCGCAGACGGCGGACGCCUCAGAGGUGAUCUACGAUGACGUUCCGAGCGAGGAGCCCCUCUCUCCUGAUGAAGAUACGCUUUACGAAGAUGUUCAGAGAGACGGCGGACCCGUUCAUGCUGACAAUGGGUGGAGCUCCAGUGAAUUUGAGAGCUACGACGAGCAAUCCGAUAAUGAGACAAAACUACCGACAAGGAGCAAGCUCGCUCCUGAAGUGCGUCGGCUGAGGGAUCGAUGUGCCAGGACCAAACGUGAACUAGCCACCAGGCUGUCUGGAAAGAACAACUAUGACAUCAAGGUUCAGCAACUCAUGAAGGCGGCAAGAAGCGGAACGAAGGAUGGGCUUGAAAGGACCAAAAUAGCCGUCAUGCGAAAAGUUUCAUUCCUGCAGCGAAAAGAUCAAUUGGAGGAGGAAGAUGAUGCAGGGUACCUGGAUGUGAAUGUGUCAGAAGUGAAGCAUCCCCCUCCUCAGCUGAGCCCCAUGCCAGAGGGUCUGACCAGCCACCAGGUUGUCAGACGCCAUAUCCUGAGCUCCAUCAUUCAGAGUGAACGCAGUUACCUGGAGUCUCUCAGGAGAAUCCUGCAGGACUACCACCGGCCGUUAAUGGAAGCUGAUCCCCGCAUCCUGAGCCCUCGGAAGAUCCGGCCCAUAUUUUAUCGAAUCAGGGAGAUCACGCAGUGCCACUCCAUGUUCCAGAUCGCACUGGCGUCUCGUGUGGCUGAGUGGGACACCAGCGAGAAAAUCGGAGACCUCUUUGUUGCUUCGUUCUCCAAGUCCAUGGUGUUGGACGUGUACAGCGAUUAUGUGAACAAUUUCACCAACGCCAUGGCGCUCAUCAAAAAGGCGUGCAUUUCUAAACCGGCGUUUCUGGAAUUCCUGAAGAAGAAGCAAGCGUCCAGUGUUGACCGGAUCACUCUCUACGGCCUGAUGGUGAAGCCCAUUCAGCGAUUCCCACAGUUUAUAUUGCUCCUUCAGGACAUGCUCAAGAAUACACCGAAGGGGCACGUGGAUCGUUUGCCCCUGCAGCUCGCUCUGACCGAGCUGGAGAUGCUGGCAGAGAAGCUGAAUGAACAGAAACGAGUCGCUGACCAGAUUGCGGAGACUCAGCAGCUAGCCCGCAGCGUCAGUGAUCGGCUGCUCAGUAAGCAACUGAACUCGGAGCAGGGGUCACUGGUCCUUUGUGAGACUCUUAUUGAGACCGUGUAUGGCGAGCGGGGACAGAUCCUGAAGUCCAAGGAGAGGAAAGUCUUCCUCUUUGAUGACGUGCUUAUCUGUGCCAACAUAAAUGUCAAAGGGCCUCCAGAUAUCAGCAGUCUGGUCCCCAUCGGACCCAAAUACACCAUGAAGUGGAGCGCCCCCUUGCUGCAGGUGCAAGUUGUGGAGGUUGGGCAAGAGGCUCCUCAAGGCAAAGACACCUUGUUCCAGCAGGGCGGCGCUAAGAGACCAAGUGGUGCCAGCAGCACGUCAGGUAAAGCGAUUCUGGGCCCGCCGAGGCUCUACCAGGAGCUGCAGGAACUCCAAUAUGACCUUUCUGUGGUCGAAGAGGUCACCCUCCUCGUGGGCACACUGCAGGGGACGUACCAGAACCUGAACACAACUGUGGCCCAGGACUGGUGUCUGGCUCUGCAGAGGCUUAUUCGCAUCAAAGAAGAACAGAUCCAGAGCGCUAACAAAUGUCGCUUACGCCUGCAGGUGCCUGGCAGGCCAGACAAGUCGGGGCGCCCUGUCAGCUUCAUGGUGGUCUUCAACACUCCCAACCCUCUGAGUAAGAUCUCCUGGGUGAACCGUCUGCACUUGGCCAAGAUUGCACUACGAGAGGAGAAUUCACCUGGCUGGCUCUGUGGAGAAGAUGAAGGGAAAACCGUUGCCCCGUUUUGGUAUCCUCUCCUCGCUUGUCACAUGCCUGUUUUUGCUAUGAAGACCCCGGAAAGAAAGCUGGAAACUGCCCUCCACAACCCCGUACACUGCGCAUUGCUGGGUUUCUCUGCAGCGAGUACCUCUUUACCUCAAGGCUACCUCUGGGUAGCGGCUGGUGGAGAAGGUUCCCAAGGGCAGAUAGAGAUAUUUUCCCUCAACAGGACCACGCCGAGGGCCGUGAAGAGCCUGCAGGUCGGCUCCGCCGUCCGAUGUCUGGAUUAUGUGCCAGAACCUUCUCCGACGGAAGAAAUGGAGGCCGGCGUGAACAAGGCCCCCGCGGGGAUCGGCUCCAGCAUUUGCGUCGGAUUAGACGACGGCCGCGUCCUGGUCUACGGCAGCGUGGACAGCGCGGCACAAUGUCUGCUGACCCUCCGCAACCCAGAGGGCUGCCCUGUGCUGUGCCUGAGGCACUCGUCCCGCUUCCUGUUUGCAGGCCUGCGGAACGGGACCGUGAUGGUUUAUGGACGGAAUAACAGCGAUGACCUUUGGGACCCCGACUCGUGCAGGUGUGUGAGUUUGGGUUCGGAUCCUGUUCGGACCCUGCUGGUUCUGGACGACUCGGUAUGGGCGAGCUGCGGUAACUCUGUUACGGUCCUGGAGAUCUCCAGCCUCAACACUCAGAAGUUUGAGGUCCACCCCGACCCGAUGGUCAGCGUGGCACACAUGGCGUGCGCCGGCGGCGGGGUGUGGAUGGCGUUCUCCGAGGGCUCCUCCAUCCGCCUCUUCCACACCGAGACCCUGGAGCUGCUGCAGGAGAUCAACAUCUCAAGACACUCAACGCUGCUGAACACGGGUCAAAAGAGCAUGCGAGUCACGAGUCUUCUAAUUUGCCAAGGGCUGCUAUGGGUGGGCACGGCCCAGGGCUUAAUUAUCACUCUUCCAGUUCCCAAACUGGAGGGCAUCCCCAAAAUAACAGGUAAAGGGAUGAUCUCUCUCAACGCCCACUGCGGACCCGUGGACUUCAUGGUGGCCUCCACCAGCUUCCUGUCGCCCGACCUGCUGAAGAGGGACUCUGUCGGGGACGGCCCGGACUCUGCCUGCGGGGGGGAGGACCGCAGCGACACCUCCUCCCAGGAGUCCCUGCAGCAGUCCUACCAGGGAGACGGGAGGGGCAAAGGACGCGGCGUCCUGCUGCAGUACAAGCUGCGCUCCACGUCGGGGCUGCCCGGGCGGCCGCUGACGGCGCUGGGCGACGAGGCGUCGGACUCCUCCCUGGAGUCUCUGGAGCACAGCGUGGAAGAUGGAUCUAUCUACGAGCUCAGCGAUGACCCAGAAAUGUGGGUCCGGGGACGUCCUUGCGAGAGGGACGGCGGCCGCAGGGACAGGGUGAUAUCUGCUGCGGUGAUCUCCGGAGGCAGAGGGUUUCGCAGACUGAGGGAAGGAGCGGCGGCAGGUGCUAGGACAAACGUGGAGGGUUUGGAGAAUAUCCUCAUGGUGUGGCAGCUCCCACUGACAGUGUGAUGGGGCGACUACGCGCCGAGGUGAUGUAUAUUUAUAGACGGCGGCGCGGCUUAGCCCUGAAUCAAAUGCCCUAUAAAUUCAGGGGAUUUGAAUGUAUGAUGAGAAGGUGUUGCCACUUUAAAAGAGCUUGACAUCUUACGAUUUAACCCGUGGAAUAAGCAAGCUGAGACACGCUUGUUCACCAGCGGCGCUGUCAGCCCAUGGGACGCGUUGAAUGUUCAGGACCGUGCGUCAUCCCCCCCCCCUCCCUACUCCCUCGGUGACAGAGGCCUCAGCAGAUUAGUUCCAUGUGAUUGUUUUGGUCUGGUCUCUCUUCCGGCCUUAGUUAAGAUUGAUACGCCUCAGUUUAACCUCAUCAUUGCUGCCUGCGCUCUGCCACAUUUGUUUUGUGUGAAGGACUUGUGUGUGAGCACCCAUGGACAGCGCGCCUUUGAGAGGCGGUCUUUGUUGAAUCUGCCAUGCUCUGCAGAGUUAGAAAUGGACGUCUUUUAUCUGAUCCUGAGGGAGAGAUCCCAUCUGUUUAGAACUGAAAGCUGGGGACUACCAUCACAUCACAGAGCACAUUAGCAUCGCUUUAUAAGCUUUGCCAGCCUUUCUCUCUCAUCCCAUACAAUGUGAACGUAUGAUACCUACUAUUGUGUCUCGAAUCUGAGUCUGUGCACUCGUAAAAAAAAAAAAAAGAAGAAAAAAAAAAGGUUUCAUUUUUCCUGUUUUGUUGCAAAAAAACAUUUGUGGCUACAGAACAAGUUGAUUUUAGGAUAUUUCCAUGCCUUUGUGAAAGGGCUCAUGCCAGUACAUACUAGCUAUUACAAGUUAUUAUAGUCCAGUGUGGAGUUAUCCUACUCAAAAUCUAUAUUUGCACUCUGAAAUUACUGUAAUCAUGACGUAUUUAUUUGAUCAAUGAAAGUCUUCUGUGCCAGAUUUUAUAGUAUUAUCAUUCCCAAGUAGGUACUGUAAAUGGCAGAGAUCUGCUCCAUUAUUCAGCGGCGUUCAUCAGCUAGAUAAAACAAAUGUGCGCGCAGCCUUGUUAAUACCCAUCUCACAUUAGCUGUAAACCCCAGUCGCACAUCAAAAGCCAGACUCCAAUGAAUGAUGAAAUGAAAGUGCUGCCGCCAUUUAAACUUCUGUCGGCUUUGUAACAAACAGAGGGAGUCGACCUAAGAGAGACAGCAAUUAGCAUGUUUACAGGACCAGUAAUUAUCAAUAACAAGGAGGACGCUCGGAUGAAAGGUUUUGUUUUACAGUACACGGCAAAAGUCUGUCUGACAAUUAUCAGACGUCGAUGAGGAAUAUCACCAGAGGACUCCGAGGUGUGGAAACUCAAUCAACACUCGUUUUCCUACUAGUAUUUCCAUACUAGUAAUAUUUAGAGAGUAAUGAAUCAUUCUUAUCUAAUGAUCGGGACGUGGAGAUAGUCCUAACCCUCACUGCUCAAUUUUCUUUUGAGUUUAACAUCACUUCAGAUCAUAACAGGGCGGAUGAAUAGUCUGCCUUUUUAACCUAAUGUGGUUAUAAAACUCUUAAAAUGAAUGAAUAAUGUAAAUUGCAUUUCAUUUGUACAGGAUGUGAUACAUUGUUUGCACCUAACAGCGGCAGCAUGUAAAAAAGAGUGGAAACACAACGAAGCGCUCGACGGUGUGUGUAAUAUAUGUGAAAGUUCUUCAUUAAAAUGUUGUGAAUUCCAAGGUGUGUUAGCGUUGGCAGCUGGCUAAUCGAGGCCUGUUGGCCUUCAUAUCAAACUGAAACAGGUACAUAUUUGACAGGAUGGAAAGUACCAACUGUGUUUUUGAAGGGUGAGGGUCGUAUUUCCUGCACUCUUGUUCUGUGUAGUUCUUGAACCACUAAUCUACCUUCAUCAUGCUGUCAGUUUCAUUAACUGAAUAAAGUAAAACCGAAAUAAACGGAC